AUGCCCUUCCUAAGCUAUCUAUGCUCGUGGGUAAAACCACGCCAAAGUCAACGAGACGAACCAUCUACUACUACUUCCUUUUGCAUUGGCAAGAAGAAGAGGACAAAACCGGUUCCUGAGAAGACAGACAAGGAAGACCACCAACGUUCAAGCAUGAUUCGCAAAUCAUUACAAAGUCGCGCUUCCUCUCGGGCGACCAUGCGACCUGAAGAUAAUUACGACACCGAGGAGGAAGAGGAAGACCGUGCUACUAGUCUAAGGACCGACUGGAAGGCAUACGAAGCUGAUAUCCAACGAAACAAAUCAACUUUAAUGCGAAGUCAUCCUGGAGUCGACCGCGCAAGAAUACAGAAUCGUGGAGGCUCGUCUCGACCUCCACCACAAUCCUUUGGAUCCAGUUCAUCAAACUCUUACAGUCCAAUUUCUCCAACCUCAACCAACUCAGCAACAAGCCCGGCUUCGCCAGGUAUCGGAAGGAUGUUUUAA